AUGUCAAAAUUGCGAAAGUGAUCGUUUGCGCGUCGAUGACCGACGACAACGUCGUCGCAAAUUUUAGGAUCCAGAAACCCGGUUUAAAUGCGGAAGCGUAACGUUUAGACGAAAAUUUCGAAUCCUUGUUUCGCAAUUUCUUAACUAACUUUCUAAUUAAUGUUAAUUAAACGAGCAACACACCCCGAAAUGCGGCGGGAGAAAUACUAAUUGCCGUUGUGUGUCUAAUUGCCGCAAGUGAUUUCGCGGAAUCUCGGAAAUUCGAACUGAAGAAAGCGAACUCGAACUCGAGAAAUUACGGGAAUGGACGACGGGACUAAUACAGAUGCGACCGUUGAUGACAGCAGCGAGUACGAGACCACCGACGAACACGAGAGUGCCGAGAACGAUGACGAUGAAAGGAAAAAAUUCUGGAAAGGGAGAUCGACUUGCGAGGGAAAAGCUUUGUGGCGCAUAUACAUGAAAUCAUACGCGGAGUCGCGGUUGCGGUCGGGAAAAAAAGUCGAAAAGAAAUCGUACGACGUUCCGAAGUUGUGGCCCUUUGCGAAGACCGCGCGCGAUGAGACGCUUCCAAUCAACGAGUGCUUUCCACUUGGCGGUUUCCAGCUUGAACAACAUCCCGAAACGCUCGAUUCACAAAAAGAUCCUUGCGAAAAGACGCGAAUUUGGAACGUGAUGAGGAAUCAUGACGAAAAACGAGAAAAGUUAUUUCAAGUCGAAAGUGAGAGACGACUUCGCAAACGGCCGUGUGUAAAGAAGAAGAGACGCAGAGACAUUUUUCCCUGCGACUCCCGGGAAGACGAGAGGGAUAAUUUUGGUCUGCGCAAAUUGGAGAGCGACUUCGCCAAUCGGAAAGAAUUGGGACGAGUUCGCGCGAUGGUGAAAUGUUCGAGAGACACGCUGAGGUCGAUGACGAGUCGCGCGGUCGGCGACCGUUCCGGUUUGGUGAACGGCGAUUACGUGAUCGUGGAGUUGACGCCCGAGGGAAGAGACAGACGCGUUUACGCCAAUGUGGUCCUACGCGGGCUGAAGGGUAUGCAUAUACCGGAGCUGAGUCAACUGCGAGAACGCAGGAACACGUGGAAGUUCUGCUUCCAUCAGGCGAUUGUGGCUUUGCUGGCGAAAACUCAGCUCAGAUAUAAGCACGCGUCGAGCGCCAACGUCGAUUACAUCUACGACCUCGCUUGGUCGCUCCACACGCACAUCGGCGCGAUUAACGUGAAAGAGAAACAGCUUCUGGACGACGUUGUCGUGUACAACUACAGAUAUUGCAUCGGGGUUGAGUUGCUCGAAGAAAUGAAGGACGUGCCUGUUGUCGGGGAUGUUGAUUUUAAUUACAAAGAAGAUUGUUUGGAUAAACAGAUUACGUUGAGCAGAAAAGAUCCUCUCGCGGUGAUGAUGGAAAUCGGUUGUCAAAAAGUCACGGAUUCGGGAUACGUGUCGGUGCACGAGAACGUGCGAAAGAUCGAGGAUUGGUUCAAUAACGUGUCCUCGCGAUACCGGAACUGCAUCUUUCGCACGACCAGAUUCUCAUUGGCCUAUUGGAAGGACGGUCUCUUCUGGUAUCUCUACAAUCCGUAUCGGUGCGACGAGUUCGGGUUCUGGAACGACGAGGGUUACGCCUGCAUCGUCAAGUUCUGCUCGAAGGACUCGCUACUGAGACACCUAAUGAUUCUUCUGUUGCGAGCCUACGCCUAUCGAGUGCCGUCGUCGUCCAAUGAGAAAACCAGGAACGUGUUCGACGUUCAGAUCUUUCACGUGAUUCUUCACGAUUGCCAGUUGCACAAUCCGAAAUUGCUGCAACGCGGCGCGUUCAAACGAAUUGCGCGAUGCGCGGACGAGUGUCCGCCGGCGAGCGAAGAGGAUUCGGAAGAGGAGAACGGCGAUCCGAGAGAGCCGCGGGAGAAAUCCACGUGGUUGAAGCGUCUUCAAAUAACCUGGGGUAAAUGCGCGAGCAGGAAGAGACGAACCAAGGUCGCCAAAGCUAGAUGGCAUCAGUAUUACGUGGAGGAGCCUAAGAGACUGUUUUCUCUGUGGGGAGAUAUGCACAUAAGCGACGCUAUGUUCGACGAGGCGAACCGGGGAAUGCAGGCGUACGCGUGUUACAUGGUGUGCGCCGGCAUGACCAGGAUAAUGGCGCCGGAAUAUUGGAACCCGAAGAUUCUCGACGUGAUUGUCAUGUGCGGUGAUCGUUAUUACACGCAGAGCAAGCUCGAGGCCGAGGUCAAGUCGACCAGGCGGGAACACGCUCACGUGAGCUGCUGGAACAAAUAUCUGUGCGAUCGCUUCGAGAUCGGCGAGACCUUGUUCGAGGCGAGAAUGUUGCCGGCUGUUUGCGGCAGAUUGUACGCCAGAUCGGACGAUUGUCUGUGGAAGUUGCUGGAACGGAUGUUCGCCGAUCAUCACUUCGGCGUGCUGACGUGCGACGGUUCCUGUCUCGGCCUCUUCAGGUUCUGCGGCGCGUAUUACAUGUGCGACGUAAACUCGCACGGUCCGCCGCUCUUUCACCACGGCAACGGAGCGGCGUAUUUGAUCAGAGCAACGUCAUUUCACAAGUUCGUGACGGUGCUCGUGCUGACCAUCAACUCGUCCGAGAGAAGUCGGUUCGGUCUGAAUCCUAUCGAGAUUCUGAGAGUCGUCGAGACGGAUGCGAGGAGUUUUUCACGCGCGAGAAUAGGCGAGAGAAAUAUAUCAGGUCGGAAGACACGUCGGAAAGACACGAGGUUUCGGAGCGAACAAAAGCGAACAAAAGCGAAGAGGUAA